CUCGUCAGCGAAGGAUUGGGCAACGUGAUCGUCCCAGGUGGUAUCCUUGUCGUCGACGUCGCGGGCGAGCCCACAUUCGGAACUUGUCCAUUCGCAACAUUCGCAGCUCCUGUUGGUCCUGACGUUGGAAUAGCUGUCGUGGCUGCUGAAGGUGAUCCAGGGCCGGCUGCUAAUUCGAAUGGUGUCAUUGGGUCUGGAGCAGCACUGACCACUGGUGCUGUCAAUGCUCUGCAAGGUGGACAUGGUGGAUUAAUGGGCCAAGCUAUGAAUGGAAUGGGUAUGGGACCCGUGACGCCCUACUUUGAUAUGACGGCUGCGACCGCGGGGUCUGAUGCCGCUCAGGAAUACUUCCCACCAAUGCCGAUCACGACAUCUCUUACGAGUGCUAUUCAGUCGAUGAGCCUCUCGAACAAUAAUUCUGGUAGCUCUGCACCACCUGGAACAGAAUCUACUGGAGUUUCUACUGCGUCUGCUUCGGGACCGUCGAGCACAAAGGAAGAAGAGCCACCGACGUUCUUGGAGCCGGUUGGAGUGGGGCGUGAUGGAUUCCCUUCGCUCUCUGCCAAAGCUUCGGAUAGUGUCGUGGACGGACCUAAUGAAGGUGUGAGCAGGACUGGAUUCACGGAAUGGGUGACGACACCCGAUGAUCUACCUGGAGGUGCUAGUCUGCGGAGGAGGAAGCUAGAAGGUCGUAAGAGUGGACCUGUCGUAACGACCAUGAAGGCCCUUGACAAGGAGGCUGCAAAGGAGAGGAGCAUCUCUGCAGAUCAAGUCACCACCUUGAACUCUAUGACCACACCUCCCAGUAGCAGCAGGGCUACGACGGGCAGCACGAGCCCUCCGAGUGGUGGAAGUGGACCCAUUUACUCGUCCAGCAAGAAGCCAAAGUUGACACUUGGCCCGAUUCCCAAGUUCUCUCCGGAUGCGCGGCUCGCUCAGCACUAUGCUUCCAUGGCCAUGAACAAGGGUUCAAAUGGAGGUAAUGGACCCAAGUCCCCCCCAUCUACCGCCCAAUUGGCGACAAGAGCCAAUAGCAAUGUUUACGGCACGGGAUCUGGUGGAGGUAAUGCCGCCACGGGUGGAGUCAACAACGUGCUCAAUAAUCCUGGAUUUGCCGCUGCCGUCGGCAUCAACGCGAAUGCGCUCAAGAUCAACGGUACCCCCAAUGGGUUUCGGGAUUCCUUGAACGUGGAUCCUGAGACGGGUGCUAUGCGACGUGCUAGUUGGACAGAAGAUGCUAGCCGAAGACAAACCAUCGUUCAAGCUUUGGGAUCUGAACAAGCUGUAUAA